AGCCCGCCAGUCAUCGUGAGUGUGUGAGCCAUGUUGGAUGUGAAUGAGGAGAGAUGCUGCCGCCGCCGCCGCGCCGAUCCUAAAGCUCACGCCUCCAGCUCCACGGACCACAGCGGGUAGAUGCCAACUCACCAGGACGGCAGAGAGACGGGGGAGCCUGGGGAGCUUGGGGGAAGGUGUCGGGCGGUGCUGGCGGUCCAGGAACUGGCCACCUAGCCGGACCGGAACGAGGGGGCAGAGAAGUAAGGUGGAGAAGGGGAAGUGAAAACGCACUCUGGAGAGAAAGGUGAAGGAUAGUCUGAGGUGGAGAAGGGAGAGGAGAGAUACGGAGAAAGGAAGAGACUAAAUGGCUGCACCUAUCACGGGCUUCACCCCGCUCCUGCUCUCAUCUCUGGCGCUCCACCUGCUUCUCCUCGGUCCUUUGUUAGCCCUCACUCCGGUGAGUACAGGAGGGGCUCCCAGCAGAUGGACCCCUGCCCUCUGCGAUCGAGACGCCGGUGAAGUAAACCACCACCGCCAGCAGCAUCAGUGUAGGGAAGCAGGCGGAGUACCGAGGGGGAGCUGGGACACCCACUGGAGCAGGUGGACUGUAGUGCGGGGACACACGGGAUGCACCGGAGCGCAGCGCAAAGGAUGGAUUUUGGGAGGAGAUCAAGUGGAUGUGAGGAGACUGAGAGGAUUGCAGCACCCUCGGGCUUCUUUAUCACCACCUUUUCAUCUUUUGCUCUCCUGCACUACGAGCAUCUUUAACUCCGAUGGCGUCGGCGCGCAUGAGGGUGUGGAUAGGGGCGGGAUGGGGAGAAAGGGCGUUGUUUCCCCUCCCGCUUCACCUGCUUUCACCUCUUUGCCGGCUCAAAACGGCAAGAAAAAGGCAGUACAAAGGACUAAAGAAAGCGUGCAAAAGCGGUGGUCGGCGAAGAGGCCACACCUCGCCAAACGUGAUGCUGACAGAGUCUUUGUGCACGGACCGCUGAGCUCACCCGGAAGUGGCGACAGGAGAGGAAAGGUGAGCAGAGGGGCUCCCGAGGUGAAGAGGCUCUCUGCUCCGUGGCACGUCCACUGUCUAAUCCCUAACAAGCAAUUCAUCCUUCCAGCCAACACGCCUUCACUUGGCUCCUUUCCAGCCGCUCCCUCCUGGUGCAAUCAUCCUAUUUCUGGAUGCAGUUUACCUCAUACUGACGCUCAUGAUAACAGGCAAGGUUACCUAGUUUGCAACAUUUUGGACUGUAUCAGACUAACAAAACUGGAAGACAUCAGUCAGUUAUCGGCUUUUAUUUCCUGCAGCAACAGCUGGAUUUAUAAAACCAAGCAGCAACCAGUUGACCAGGACAGCAGCAACAAGAGGAUUUGGGAUUCACGUGGGUGCUCAGCUUGUGUGGACAGGAGGGCAGAUAAUUGUUCUUCUUCGGGAAGGUACAAUGUUACCAAUCUAAACAGCAGCAGAGAGAGGGGUGAUAAUGGAAGUGUGUCUGGGUGCAGAGGGGCUUUCCUCCGUAAUUCCUUUUUUUGCUGUGAGAUUGCCAAACCUAAGCAUGCCAGAAUCACUGAUGAAGGGAGGGGUGAUGGUAGAGAUGUAAAUGAUCUCAGAGGAGGAGGGGUCGACCACGCCAACAAAUACGUUAACUUGUCUAAUUACCUGGAUAAUGAUUUAGUUUUUUCGUUUGUGACGCGGGGGAAAUUACUGCCUGCAACCAUGCAGCAGAGCAGUCAAACCCAGGGAGAGAGGAGGGAGGUUGUUGGUGAUUGCUUUAGCUGUUUGGUCCGAAAAGAAAUGGGGGCUCCUCUCUUUAUGGCCCCCAAGGGAGGCCUGGCUCGGAUGGAUCUUCUCAUCCAAUUUGCACUCAACAGUGUCACAGAGAUGCUUGGCCGACAGGUUUUAUCCAACAAAAGAGCCAUUAUGCUGCUUGUUCAGACAGAUUCAGAUAAUAAUUCAAAGAGGAUAAAAUUAGCUGAAAAGCUUCACGUAUGUGUUGCAAAAAUUAAAGAAGCUCCAAGGGCUGAGCCUGUUAGUGACUCAGGCUUUUUCUUGCCUACCAAGUUUCCUGGUGCUGUGUCAGUUACAACUUACUCUGUUGCUGAAAAUCACCAAUUUUUCCUUAAGGAGCCUAAUUACACAGCAGUCUCAUUUUUCUCCCAAAUUAAUCUGACCACACAGCAGGAUAAGCCCCAGCCUGACUCCGCUAAUGCAAAAGGGGUGGUUUCAGAACCAACAGCUUUGCAUGCAUUUUUGUGGAGCAGAUAUAACACUAACAGCAAUAACAACAAUGAAAAGAAAGAGACCAGCAAGAGUAAAGGGUUUGGUCAUCAGUCUGAUUUGGAAAAAUCAUCUUGGCACAGGGACAUGCAACAAGCAGAUCUCGGGUGUGUUGAAAGCUUUUCUAGUGACUGCUCUGUCACUGAGCAAGGUGGAGGCACACUUAUGCAAUUAAAAUCCAGUAAUCAAGAGCCAUUAGAGCACGGAGGUGUCAGACAGUCACACAAGCCACAGAUGGGGACUGGAGAAGAAAGGCAGAGGGGUUCUGAAAAGGAGGGAGAAGGCUUGGAGGGGUCUGCUGCUGUGGCUGCUGCUGCUUGGGGAGGAAAAUUACAGGUGGGGGAGGGCGACACACGUCCGAUGGGUGGAAGGGAACCACGUGCUGAAGAGGAGGAGUGGGAGAAAGAGGGGGUAAAAAGAUUAACAAAGGCUAGCCAGAAAGAAAAAGAGGAAAAGGGAGGGAUGGGUCAGAAUAGGGGCAGCAGCACCUCAACCAUCACACAGUUUGAUCGCAAUAGAGGGAAGAGAGAAAGCCAAGCAGAUGAAAGCCAUCAGGAAAGUGAGGGGGGUGAGGUUGAGUCAGAGAAAAGACACACUUCAAGGGGAGAGAGGAGCCUGGAACGCCUGAUAAUAGUGGAAGAUGAUGAUACCUCUCAGGGAGAACAGGCGAGGAGGAUUUUGAUGCCAUGGUCUCGUUCCAGACGUGCAGCCAAUAGACACCCUCAUUUCUCUCUGUAUAACUACCAAGUACAGGUGGCAGAGAACCAGCCGCCAGGUACCUCUGUCAUAAUAAUGUCAGCCACAGACCCUGAUGCAGGAGAUGCCGGUAGGGUGAGCUACUCAAUGGGCCCACUGAUGAAUAGUCGAUCAUCUGACUUCUUUCACAUCCACCCAGACACAGGCCUUAUCACUAGCACUCAGAUUUUGGACAGAGAACAUAUGGAUCUGCAUUAUUUUCGGGUCACAGCAACUGAUCAUGGAUCCCCUCGGCUCUCUGGAACCACAAUGGUAGCCAUUUCAGUUUCAGACCGCAAUGAUCAUUCUCCUAUAUUUGAGCAGUCAGAAUACAGAGAGACAAUAAGGGAGAAUGUGGAAGAAGGUUAUCCAAUUUUACAAUUGAGAGCCACAGACUCAGACUCUCCAUCCAAUGCAAAUAUCCGUUACCGGUUUAUCGGUGAAUCUGCUGCAAUAGCACGAGCUGCCUUCGAGAUUGACCCACGUUCAGGACUCAUUACAACCCGUGGAUCUGUGGACAGAGAAACAAAUGAAGAUUACACACUUCAGGUAGAAGCAAGUGACCAGGGGAAGGAUCCAGGUCCACGCUUUUCCACUGUCAAGGUUUUCAUAACCGUACUGGAUGAAAAUGACAAUGUUCCACAGUUCAGUGAAAAGCGAUAUGUGGUGGCAGUGAAAGAGGAUGUUCGGCCUCACUCAGAGAUCCUGCGUGUGAGUGCCACAGACAGAGAUAAGGAUAGCAAUGCUGCUGUUCACUAUAACAUUAUCAGUGGUAACAGCCGUGGACAGUUUUCCAUUGAUAGUGUAACAGGUGAAAUUCAGGUGGUAGCACCUCUGGACUAUGAGUCUGAGCGGGAGUAUACACUUCGUGUUCGUGCCCAGGACAAUGGCCGACCACCUCUCUCUAAUAAUACUGGAAUUGUCAGUGUUCAGGUUACUGAUGUCAAUGAUAACCCUCCUAUCUUUGUAUCCACACCAUUUCAAACCUCUGUACUUGAGAGCGCCCCAGUUGGUAGUUCAAUCCUACAUGUUCAGGCUAUAGAUACAGAUUCAGGUGAUAAUGCCAGGCUGGAGUACAGGCUGACAGGGACUGGCUCUGACACACCCUUUGUUAUCAACUCUGCAACAGGCUGGAUCACUGUCAGCUCAAUGCUUGACAGGGAAUCUGUGGAACACUACGUCUUUGGUGUGGAAGCCAGAGAUUAUGGCAUGCCACCUCUUUCUGCUACAUCAAGUGUCACCAUCACAGUCAAGGAUGUUAAUGACAAUCGCCCUGAGUUUCUCCAAAAGGAGUACUAUGCCCGCCUGAAUGAGGAUGCAGCCGUUGGUACUACUGUAGUUCUUGUUACGGCUGUGGAUAGAGAUGUAAACAGUGCAGUGACCUAUCAAAUUACAGGGGGAAACACCAGAAACCGCUUCGCUAUCAGUACAGCAUCAGGAGGAGGGCUUCUCUCCUUAGCUCUUCCACUUGAUUAUAAGCAGGAGCGGCGUUAUGUUCUAACGGUAACUGCAUCAGACCGCACCCUCUAUGACACCUGCCAGGUGCACAUAAACAUUACUGAUGCCAACACUCAUCGACCUGUUUUUCAGAGCGCCCAUUAUUCUGUUAGUGUAAAUGAAGACAGGCCACCAGGAAGCACAGUGGUUGUCAUUAGCGCCACAGAUGAUGAUGUUGGAGAAAAUGCUCGGAUAACAUACUUUCUUGAAGACAACAUCCCCCAAUUCCGCAUUGAUCCAGCCACAGGAGCAAUUACACUUCAGGCAGAGCUUGAUUAUGAGGACCAAAUGACCUACACUUUAGCUAUAACAGCAAAAGACAAUGGUAUACCACAGAAAUCAGACACAACAUAUGUUGAGGUGAAUGUGAAUGAUGUAAAUGACAAUGCACCACAGUUCCACAGCCCUAGAUAUCAAGGGACAGUGACUGAAGAUGCUCCUCCCUUCACCAGCGUAUUACAGGUCUCGGCCACUGACCGUGAUGCACAUGCUAAUGGCCGUGUUCAGUACACUUUCCAAAAUGGUGAGGAUGGAGACGGAGAUUUCACCAUCGAACCCACAUCUGGCAUCGUACGAACUUUUCGCCGUUUGGAUCGAGAGAGUGUUCCAUUCUAUGAGCUUACAGCCUAUGCAGUAGAUCGUGGGGUGCCCCCUCAACGAACCCCUGUCCACAUCCAGGUGACAGUUCUUGAUGUAAAUGACAAUGCUCCUGUCUUCCCUGCUGAUGACUUUGAAGUUUUGGUUAAGGAAAACAGUGCUGUUGGAUCUGUGGUAGCCCAGAUCACCGCCACUGACCCUGAUGAGGGUUCCAAUGCGCAGAUCAUGUACCAAAUUGUUGAGGGCAAUAUCCCUGAGAUCUUUCAAAUGGACAUUUUUUCAGGAGAACUUACCUCCCUCAUUGAUCUUGACUAUGAGGCUCGAAAUGAGUACGUAAUUGUAGUCCAAGCCACAUCAGCACCUCUAGUUAGCAGGGCUACCGUCAGAAUCCGCUUGGUGGACCAGAAUGACAACCGGCCAACCCUACAGGACUUUCAAAUAAUUUUCAACAACUUUGUGUCCAACCGGUCCAAUAGUUUUCCCAGCGGGGUGAUUGGCAGGGUACCGGCCCAUGACCCUGAUGUGUCCGACAGGCUGUACUACACCAUUGACAGAGGCAAUGAGCUUCACCUUCUGCUUCUGAAUCACACCAGCGGAGAGAUCCGACUGAGCCGAAAACUGGAUAACAACAGGCCCCUGGUUGCUCCCAUGCUGAUCACUGUCACAGAUGGCGUCCACAGCAUCUCAGCCCAGUGUGUUCUACGUGUCCUCAUCAUCACAGAGGACAUGCUGGGCAGUAGUGUCACCGUCCGUCUUCAGAACAUGUCUCAGGAGCACUUCCUCUCACCGCUGUUGGGCAACUUCCUGGAGGGCGUGUCUGCGGUGCUCUCGGUGCCAGUGGAGGACGUUUUCAUCUUCAACAUCCAGCCAGACUUGGACACAGCACCGGGACGCAUCCUGAAUGUCAGCUUCUCUGCCGCAUUGCCAGGCGGCCAUUUCUUCCCCUCGGAGGCUCUGGAGGAGCAGCUGUAUUUGAAUCGGCCCAGACUGACAUCACUGACGCAGAUGGAGGUUCUCCCAUUUGAUGAUAAUGUGUGUUUGAGAGAGCCCUGUCAGAACUACAUGAAGUGCAUCUCAGUGCUGCGCUUUAACAGCUCUGCCCCCUUCAUCUCCUCGCCCUCCAUCUUGUUCCGGCCAAUCCAUCCUAUCGCUGGUUUGCGGUGCCGGUGCCCGGUGGGCUUUACGGGCGAUUACUGUGAGACAGAGAUCAACCUGUGCUACUCUAACCCCUGCCUGAACGGCGGAGUGUGUGCCCGCAGAGAAGGAGGCUAUACCUGUAUCUGCCGUGAAGACUACACCGGUGAGUGGGAUAGAGAGC